UUGAUUAGGGUGGCUAGGGUUUUUGUUGGGGUAUAUUAGGAUGGGGAGAGGAGAAGGAAUAUCUGUUUGAAGCUUGAGAGAGGCGCCGUUUGGGGACGAUUCCAUUUUCGGCGGGUUUACUGGUAGUAGAUAUUCUUCGGAGCUCACGAAUCCAAUAUGGCGCGAGGGUUGAAGAAGCAUCUUAAGAGGCUAAAUGCCCCCAAGCAUUGGAUGCUGGACAAACUUGGUGGUGCAUUCGCUCCCAAACCUUCAUCUGGACCUCACAAAUCCAGGGAAUGCCUGCCUUUGAUCCUUGUCUUGCGUAACCGAUUGAAAUAUGCCCUUACAUACCGUGAAGUGAUUGCAAUUUUGAUGCAAAGGCAUGUUCUGGUUGAUGGCAAGGUUAGGACAGAUAAGACGUAUCCCUCUGGUUUCAUGGAUGUUGUUUCAAUCCCUAAGACAAAUGAGAACUUUCGUCUUCUUUAUGAUACCAAGGGCCGUUUCCGUCUCCACUCAAUCAGAGAUGAAGAGGCUAAGUUCAAGCUCUGCAAAGUUCGUUCUGUGCAAUUUGGGCAGAAAGGCAUUCCGUAUUUGAACACCUAUGAUGGGCGAACUAUCCGCUAUCCAGACCCUCUAAUUAAGGCCAAUGACACAAUAAAACUAGACUUGGAAAUGAACAAGAUAGUGGACUUCAUCAAGUUCGAUGUCGGGAAUGUGGUCAUGGUGACUGGUGGGAGGAACAGGGGGCGAGUUGGUGUUAUUAAGAAUAGAGAGAAACACAAGGGUACCUUUGAGACAAUUCAUGUUCAGGAUGCCACUGGUCAUGAAUUUGCAACCCGGUUGAGCAAUGUUUUCACUAUUGGAAAGGGAACCAAGCCAUGGGUAUCCCUUCCCAAGGGUAAAGGUAUCAAGCUUUCCAUCAUCGAAGAAGCAAGGAAGAGGCUUGCAGCCCAAGCUGCCUCGACAGCUUGAGUGGUUAUGGUAUAAACAGUUUUUGAGAGUUAAUGGAAUUUAGUUUUGACAUAUUAGCUAUGCAAUUUAUGUUUCAAACUUUUGAGUCGACACAUUCCUUGCGAGCACAAUCUAUCUGGUUAUUUGAAAGUGAAUUAUUUCUUCCUUUA